AUGAACCGAUUGAGUAAUAAAGUGUACGGUGAUCCAGAGUUAUCCUCCCUGGCUGCUUCACUUCCGGAAGUCGCUCUUUCAUCAAAAGCCUGUAAUACGAGUAAAAAAUACCAGAGAUCCUACAACAGUUGGAGUAAAUGGGCCAGACAGCAUGGUUUGGUCGUUUUCCCUGCCAAUGAUGUGGAUUUUUCUUUAUAUUUAGUGUCUUUAAUACAAAGUUGUAAUUCUCCAUCUACUGUGGAUGAAGCAUUUUAUGGUAUGAAAUGGGCUAAUGAUUUAGCAGGAAAUUUAAAUAAUCCGUGUUCAUCCUUUUUAGUGAAAUCAGUCAGGGAGGCUGCUCAUAGAAUUCUGGGACAUCGUGUUUCUAGGAAAGAACCUGUUACUCCGGAAAUACUUUUUAAAGGUACUUCUCCAUUGUCUUACACUAGAGCUCGUGAACUUAUUUUAGAUAUGUUUGAGCAUAUCGGUUUGGACAAAUCAAAAUUUGGAUUGCAUAGUCUAAGAUCAGGUGGCGCUUCAGCUGCUGCCAAUGCUGGAGUAUCAGAUAGACUAUUCAAACGUCAUGGACGCUGGAAAAGUGAAAAGGGUAAGGACUCUUAUGUUAAGGAUGACAUUGAUAAACGACUUUUAUAUUUAUUAAGUGAAAUUGAACAAGAACCUAGUCUGGAGUUCCUUCCCCUUUCGCUACGCAAAGAAUACUUGUUAGAUGCCGGGAACCAGAAUACUUGUCAGAUGCCGGGAACCAGAAUACUUGUUAGAUGCCGGGAACCAGAAUACUUGUUAGAUACCGGGAACCAGAAUAACAAGAACCCAAAACGAAGUGACCCGUAG